GAGCAACCCCCGGCUGCCGCUGUCGCCACCGCCGCCGCCGGCCCGCGCCCGCCCGGAGCGCAGGGUGUCCGCCCCGCCGCGCGCCGCGCGCGGAGGCUCCAGCGUCUGCCCCGCUCCUCGCCCCGGCCGCGCGGGUCCCGGAGGGCGCGAGCCCACCAUGCAGCUGCAGUUCCGGAGCUGGAUGCUGGCCGCGCUCACGCUGCUCGUGGUCUUCCUCAUCUUCGCAGACAUCUCGGAGAUCGAAGAAGAGAUCGGGAAUUCUGGAGGCAGAGGUACAAUCAGAUCAGCUGUGAACGGCUUACAUAGCAAAUCUAAUAGAGCUGAAGUUGUAAUAAAUGGCUCCUCAUCACCAGCUGUUGUUGACAGAAGUAAUGAAAGCAUUAAACACAAUAUCCAGCCAGCCUCGACCAAAUGGAGGCACAACCAGACGCUCUCUCUGAGGAUCAGGAAGCAAAUCUUAAAGUUCUUGGAUGCUGAGAAGGACAUUUCUGUCCUCAAGGGGACUCUGAAGCCCGGAGACAUUAUUCACUACAUCUUUGACCGAGACAGCACGAUGAACGUGUCCCAGAACCUCUACGAGCUCCUCCCUAGAACCUCUCCGCUGAAGAACAAGCACUUCCGGACCUGUGCCAUCGUGGGCAACUCUGGGGUCCUGCUGAACAGUGGCUGUGGGCAGGAGAUCGACACGCAUAGCUUUGUCAUAAGGUGCAACCUGGCCCCAGUGCAGGAGUACGCCCAGGAUGUGGGGCUCAAGACAGACCUGGUGACCAUGAACCCCUCCGUCAUCCAGCGGGCCUUCGAGGACUUGGUCAACGCCACCUGGCGGGAGAAGCUGCUACAGCGGCUGCACAGCCUCAACGGCAGCAUCCUGUGGAUCCCCGCCUUCAUGGCCCGGGGCGGCAAGGAGCGCGUUGAGUGGGUCAACGAGCUCAUCCUGAAGCACCGCGUCCACGUGCGUACUGCAUACCCCUCUCUGCGCCUGCUGCACGCCGUCCGCGGAUACUGGCUGACCAACAAAGUCCACAUCAAAAGACCCACCACCGGUCUCUUGAUGUACACCCUAGCCACACGUUUCUGCAACCAGAUCUACCUCUACGGCUUCUGGCCCUUUCCACUAGAUCAGAGCCAGAACCCUGUCAAGUACCACUAUUACGACAGCCUCAAGUACGGCUACACCUCCCAGGCCAGCCCCCACACCAUGCCCUUGGAGUUCAAAGCCCUUAAGAGCCUGCAUGACCAGGGGGCUUUGAAACUGACUGUCGGCCAGUGUGAUGGGGCCACGUAAGGAGGGCACCCCGUGGGACUCAGUGGCUCACAUUUCCUGCCGGCAACACCACAGGCAGAUGGGAGUCAGGGUGGCACAAACUAUAGAACAAGCAGGCUAGUGGUUUUCUUUGUUAAAGUGUUAAACAGUGACCAGAAUAUAUAUAUCUAUACCUGCAUAUAUAUAUUGACCUGAGUAUUUAUAACUGUGUGGUGUUCAUCUAGCAUUAGGCAGAUAAGCCACAAGAAGAAGGUGUGGAGAAACCCACCCGAACCGGAUUGGGACUCGGUCCAUCUUUGGGGGUGGAAGGACUCGACGUGAAAAGAAGCCAGUCCCGUGACUUUGGAUGACAAACUGCCUCCCGGGCUGGAGGGAUCUUUGGGCUCAUGGAUGACUGGAGAGCCACCUGUUGGCAGCUGCCCCAAGCCUCUGAGAUAUGUGGAGCCUGGGGGAGCCCAGACUCUGCGAGGACAGCUUGACCCAAGUCUAACACAGUGCUGUUCACGCAGGAGGGAGGUCGGCCCGUUUGGCCCAGCAAAGGAACGCGAGGACGCCUCGCAGAGGCCACGUCAGAGCUGAGGGUCUCGUUCCACCAACUUAAGAGUUUAACUGCCCAACGGACGAAGCACAGUUGACCCGCCCGUCCCAGAUGGGCCUCCGCAGCUGUGGAAAGAAGGCUAGAGGAGACACAACGGGCAGUUCAUACUCCUGCUUUGCGAGAACCGCCAAGAACCUGGGAUGCGGCAGACAGACGACACAAGACAGCUGCUCCAAAUCACGUUUUUGAAAAAUCUGAGACCAGCUGCUAAGGGGCGGAGCUCCAUCCCAGAGUAAGGCAGAAGUGUGGGGUGGUUCUGGGGGUUCUUUACAGCAAUUUUCCUCCAGCAAUGAGGCAGGGUCCCCGGGAUGUCACCCUCCAGGUCAGCCCCCAUCCUGCCCUGUUAGAAUGUCACAUGAGGGACUGUACUGUCCCCUUCUGCCACCAGGGAAGCCACAGCUAAAGCAUGAAAGGGCACUGUGAAGAUAAAUGUCAUCCUUUUUAAAAUAUAUAUGAUUGCCUUUCUGGGUGCCUCACAGAGCCCUAGAGUGUGAGACCUGGAAGAAUGUUAAACAUCUAGCACCAUUUCUCUGCAGAAAUCCACUCUUUGUUUGCUUUCCACAUUGUGCACUCUGCAGGGCCUCUAUACCAGACUGUGUCCAUGUCACUUUCCUGUCACUUCCGCAUCCUGGUGGUCACACCCGCCAGCACCAGGCUCCAACAUUGUUUUCAACUCCACAGGGAAAGUUUCCACUAUCCAUCCCCACUACCAUCCUCUCCAUGGAGGCAAUGAUUUUAGAAUUUUGCUAAAUCCUUUUUUCCACCUAUUAAGAUUAGGAGUUAAGACUUCUUUUCUUUUUUUUUUUUGCCCAAAGCCAAAUACUGGACAUAAUCUCCCCAGGGAAAUCUGGGCUCGAUGCCAAUCACCUAGGGUCUGGAAUCAUGGGUCACAUAUAGAUACGCAGUAGCCGGCUUGUAUUCCCUCACCUGAUAAAUAACAGUAUUUUUAAAUAUAUUUGGAAGAUAAGUAAAAAACCAUUAUCCUGAAGGUGAGCGGAGUUAAGUAACCAAGAUCUGCUCCCAAGCAUAUGAGACGGGACAUAAUCAAUCGGCGGCAAUUCAGAACAGGACAUUUGCUCUAAAUUAAGGGCUGGUGGGAAGCGAGUGGAGGCGAUCCUCAGAACCGUUGACCCCACACCUGGGCGCUGCAGCUCCAAGCCACCACUGGGACACUACAUGGCUGUGUGGCUCUGCUGAUGCCUGAAGUCCGAAAUCUGGGAUUUGCAUUAUAAAAUGAAUAUUUUAAAAAGCA